AUGAACAAAGAAAUAUAAUAUAUGUAGCUCUUACUUUCUGAUGUAGAAAAAUUAAGGAUUGCUUAAACAUUUUAAGAAUAUGAACUGAUAGUUAAAGCUUUAUAAAGCAUAUAACAAUAUAUCAAUGAAGCUUAAACAGUAGAGAGUUUUAAAUAUAUUCCAGAUUUAUUGAUUGAAACUCUAAAUCAUAUUAUGAAUCAUCAAUAAUACCCAGAUUAAAUUCUUAUUCAUAUUGAAAAGUAUAUUAAGUCUAUUCUUUUCUACAUCACUAAAAAUAUUUUUGAUGAUAAAAUAAGUUAAAUAUUUUGUAAAAUUAUGGACCCAUCUUGUAGGAUCUAUAAAUAUAAUGCUCUUUCAAAUAACUAUCAUGAAGAUGUAAUAAUCUAUUUUUAUAAUUAUAGUUCAUAGCUUAUUCUUAUAACAAAAAUCCUGAAUAUAAACAAUUCAUUGAUAAUAUUAAAGUAGGUUCUUUAUUGGAUUGCAUUCGUAAUUGUUUAACUACAAAUAGAUUAAAUUGGAAUAGAGGGGUUGUUGAAGAAAGAAAUGAAGAAUAUAUUAAAGUAAGAUAUUUAAAUGAGUCUAAAAUUUCAUAAAUCUAUAACAUUAAAAGUGGGUAUUUAAUGCCUAUUUCGACUCGUUCAUAGCAUUUAAAUACAAUGUUUAACUUAUAGAAAAAUUAAGUAAUUUUAGCAACUCUAAAUAAUAAAUGGAUAUUAAGUACCAUUAUUGAUAGAAUUGUAAGUUAAAGUGUUGAAAAUAUAAUUACUUAUACCAUUGGAUUUCGUACAAUAUAAGAAAAUGCAUCAGUAUUUACAGGUUUGGAUAGAUAUCAUGAUGAACAUAUAAGUGCUUGCAGUCCUCGAUUAGCAUUAUGUGGUAAUCAUAUUCCAAGAUAAUAUAAUUCAAAUGAAAUAUUUAUUGAUGAUUCAUAUGAUCUUCUUUAUGAAUGUGAUUAUUAGAAAAACAAAUUUUAUGCUAUUCUAAGACCUUAAUAUUCAUAGAGCUUGCUUUUGAUUAAAUUUAUAAAUUAUUUUGGAUCUUUAGGUGGUUUUGAAUAAAUUCUAAAAUUAUAAUCAGUUGAUAUUUUGGCAAAUUAUAUUCAAGGUUUAGGAAAUAUUCAUGCCUAAUUGUAUAGAUCAUUUUGUCAAGAAUAUAUUACCAAAUUAUAAGGAUUAAGAUAAACUCUUCUUUAAUCAGAUGAUUACACCUUAAGAAAUAUGGGGAGAGAGAAAAUUAAUAUAAUUUUAUAAGCAUUCAAACUAUUAUUAGAUAGAAUAAUGAGUGAAGAAUAAAGAAAAGAAUGGAUACUAAAUAUUGGAUUAGAAUUUGUAUUAAUAUGUUUUAAUUGUAAAUUUUUAGAUAAAAAAAUUAUUGGAUUAAAACUAUUAACAGAUUUAUUAAAAUAAGCUCAUAAUGAUUAAUCUCCAGAUUAAAUCCUAUUGUGGAUAGAAAAAUAAAGUAUUUUUCAAAAUCUUUUUCAUCAUAGUACUCAUUUGCAAUUAUUGGAAAGAACUAAAGAUUUGAUCAAAAUCUAUUUAUCAAUUGAAAAUGCUUUUAAUUAUAAUUAUUUAUCCAUUAUCUGGAAUCUUAUGUAAUCUAAUGAUAAUGAGUUAAGAUCAAUAAUAUUCAAAGUAUUUAAUGAUCUUGCUGCAUUAAUGUCAGAUCAAUAGGCAAUUUAUUUUGUAAAAUAAAUCCAAAAAUUACGAUUAGAUUUAAUUCUAAUUGAACAUGUUCAAUUACUUUUUGAAAUGCAUAAAUAACGAUUCCAUUAAAAAGUAUUAUUCAGCUAAACUAUCGAGAUUCUAUGGAAAGUUAUUGAAUAUGCAGGAUUAUAUUAGAAAACAAAAUUAGAAGAUUAAUCUAGAACUUACUUAAUCGAAUUAAUAAAAUUUCUUAAUGUUGAAGAUAUAAAAUUAUAAAUGAUUGAAAAUCUGAUUACAAACAUAAAACAGUAAUAAGUUGAAAGUUCAUCACUUAAAAUUCUUUAAUAAAUGAUUUGCAAAUUCUUACCAUAAAAAGUUAUGCAAUCAGAUAAUAAUAUAUAUUAAAUAUAAGAAGAAGUCAAUAAAAAUGAAUUUAUAAAAUAACUUAUUUAUUAGUAAAAGAUUCAUAGUACUUUAAGAGACAGUAUUGAAAAUUUAUACAAUUAAAAUCAUGGUAUUAAAGCUAAUGAUACCAAUAAAAUAAAUGAAUACAUGAAUAAAUUAUUUGAAAGAAUUCUAACAAUUAAUACACUAAUUAUGAUUAAAGGAAGUGCUGCUGAUAUGAUUGAUUAAUAAUUCUUAAAUAUGAUAUGGAAUAAACAUAUUUUAAGACCAAAUUUUAGUUAAGAGAGUGAAAUGGUUAGUUAAUGGUUUCGAGAUUUGAUAGAAAAGGAUGAGAAUUUUUGUGCAAUGCAAUUAAAUGAUUUCUUUUAACAGUUACUUUAAUCGGAUUCUAAAUUGAAUGAAAAUGCCUUUAAAUGUUUUAAAUCUAUAUUAUAUUAUGUAAAUCAGAAAGAUAAUAAAAUUCAGAGAUAAACCUUAAUAUUCAAAUAAUUGUGUGAUUAAUACGGAAAUUUAUAGAGUAUAGAAAAUACAAAUAUUUAAGAGAAGGAAGAGUAGAUGGAUUAUAAAAUAAUGGUAGACGUAAAUGAGAUAAUAGGAAUAAAAUAUUUAUGGAAUCUUGUUUUUAAUUCAUAAAUAGAUUAAGCUAUAUAAUUGUUAAUUAAGUUAAAUUUAUCACAAUAAGAAUAAUUUAUGAGAUAGGUGAUUGCUAAAAUAAAAAGUAAUGAUGAGUAAACUAUUUUAAAAUGUUUGGAUAUACUAAGAGAAUUAUUAAAUGAGACAGAAAGAUUGGGUAUAGGUACUUAAUUACCUUUAGAUGGUUUGGUGAAGGGAAAUUAAUAUAGUAUUAAUAUUAUUAAAGAUGGAGAUUAGAAUAAUAACAAAGUAAAAGUAAAGGUUUAUUAAAAUAUGACAAUACUAGAAUUAAGAAAGUUAAUUAGUAAAGAAAUAUAAAUAAAUUGGGAAUAAAUAAAAUUGGUCAGAAAUGGAAUUGUAAUAUUUGAUACUGAAAAUGGAAAAACACUUAGAUAGUUAAAUAUAAAAAAGAUGGAUAUUAUAUAUAUAUCCAAUAGAUAUAUAAAUCCUAUUCCAAAAGUACCUUUAGUUGAAAAUAAUAAGUUAACGCCAGCAUUUUUGAAAGUCUUAAAAGAUAUAUUUGAUUAAUAUUCUACAAAUGAAAAGAUGGCAAUAGAAUAGCUAAGUUAAUUUGUAAUGAAAGCUUCAAAUAGUUAGAAUAUUUAAUAAAAUUAAAGGAUUCAACAAAUAUUUGGAUAGUAUAGUACAAAUGGGUUAUAUCUAACACUAAAUAAUUUUAUUGCAUUUUUUGAGGAUUCUUGUAGAUAGUAAUAAAAUAUCGGAAAUGUUUGGUGGAAUUUGAAUACAUUAGGAUAUAAGAACGAUCUGUCUUUAAUAAAUGAUGAUAAUUAUAAAUUAGAUGAAUAGAAAUUGCCUCGUUAUUAAUUAGUGCAGAAUUUAGAAUUUUAUAAUGUAAUGUUUAAAUAUCUUAAAAACACUGAUAAAGUGGCUUAGGAAUGCUGGAAAUUAUUGUGUUAAUUGCCGGUAUUUAAAUAAGCUAGAGAGAGAGUCAAUAAUUUUGAAUCUAUUGUUUAUGAUAGAUCCUACUAAUUAAUUUAUUCUUUAAAGAUUAUAGAGUAUCUACUUUAAGAUAUGAAUUAUUGCAAAUAAUUUAUAAUUAAUUUGGGGUUUAAGUCAUUGUAGAUUAUAUUGAAUAAUUUAGAAAAAUAAGAUAGUACAAUCAGAAAACAAGGUUAGUUAAUUAUAUUAAAGAUAUUUAUUAAACACAUUGCAGCAUAAUAUCAUGCUCAAUUUAAUAUUAUUUUUUAGAUUUAAUAAAGUGUUAAAUAGCCAAUAUCAGUGACUUUAAAUAUGAUUGGUGAAUUUAUUGAUGGUAUUCUUUAAUUAUAAAAUAAUGAAUAUUUGUAAAAAUUAUAGGAAAAAGAGGAAUUCUUGAAACUAAUUAAAUUUACAUCAGAUUUAGAUAUUUAAUUAGAUUACAAGAUUUUAUUUGAAUAUUUGAUUAAUACACAUAUUGAUUUAGAAUAGGAUCAUAAACUUAUAAAGUUGAUUCUUAUAUUAUUGACUACAAUGGUUGGUUUUAAUUUAGGUAAUUGCAGAAAUUUCUUUAUUGAAAAGAUUAAUCAAAUUAAAUAAAGAUACAUGUAAUUUUUAUUUGCAAAAGGGUAAUUAUUAAUUUAAAAAUAUUCAAUAAAUUCUUUGUAUUUGAUAUACAGAUACUAAAAGAUAAAAUUAGGAAAGCAUUUAAUGUCGAUAUUAUAGGAACUGUUUCCAUCAAAUGAAAAUAAGGAUUCUUAAUGUUAUUUUGAUUUAUUAGCUAAAAUGAUAGUAGAAGAAAAGUAUAGUGAUUAAGGAUUAACUCAGCAUAUUAUUUAAUAAUUAAUAAAUUAUGAGCCAAAUGAAUCAAGAUUAAGUUUAUCACCAGAUAAAACUCUUAUAGGUUUAUUAUCGAUUUUAGAAAGUUUGUGUAUAAUAGAUUCAAGUAUUUUGUCAACUUAAUUAAUAAAAUAUUUAUAUAGAGUGCAUUUAUUCUGUUUUGAUAUGAGUAAGUUUAAUUUAAGUCCUAAAAAAUUAUUAACAAUGGAUUAUGUAAAGAGUAAAUCUUCGGAAAGUAGAAAAGUAGUUUAUCGUAUAAUAAUACUUUACUUAAAAAAGAAUUUUAAUUUAUAAGAGAUUGAUUUAUAGACAGUGAUAUAUUCUACCUAUUUACACGAAGGUUUUGAUGUCAAAAUGAACCCAAAGAGUCAUCAUGGAUAUAUUGGAAUUAGAAAUUUGGGAUGUAUAUGUUAUAUGAAUUCAAUGAUGUAACAAUUCUUUAUGACUCCAGAAUUCAGAUAUUGCAUGUUAAGAGCAGAUGAUGGAAUUAAUUAGAGGAAAGUCUAAUUUAAAGAUAAUUAAGGAUUUUAAUUAUAUUUUGAUGAUAAUCAUAUUCAUUAGUUCUAAAGGAUGUUGGCUUAUUUAGAUUUAAGUGAUAGAUUUGAUUUCAACCCUUUUUAUUUUUGUUUUACAUACAAAGAUCAUAAUAAUUAACCAAUUGAUGUUUAAUUUUAGUAAGAUCCUUAAGAAUUCCUGAAUCACUUUUUUGAUAGUUUAGAUAAAGAAUUAAAGAUGAAAGGUUGGUAAUAAGUUAUUGAAGCUAUAUAUGGUGGAUAAAUCUGUAGUUAAAUGAUUUGUAAUGGAUGUUAAAGUAUGAGAGAUAAAUUUGAUUUAUUUUACACUUUGUCUUUAAAAGUCAAAGAUGUUAAAUCUAUUAAAGAAUCUUUUGAGAGUAUGAUAAAUGGAGAAAUUAUUAAAGACUAUUACUGUGAAGAUUGUCGAUAAUAUAAUGAUUUGAUAAAAAGAUAAUGUCUAUCAACUUUACCAAAUGUCUUAAUUAUUCAUUUAUAGAGAAUAGUUUACAAUUUAGAUUUAUUUAUUAAUGAAAAAUUAAACUCUUAUUUAGAAUUUCCACAUCUCUUAGAUCUUUCUAAAUACACUAAGGAGGCUUUGUCUAAUUAGUAAUUUAAAAAUGAUUCUUAUUAUAUAUACAAGUUAAAGGGUGUUGUUGUUCAUCAAGGUACUGCAUUAUAAGGACAUUAUUACAGUCUAAUUAAUAUUUAAGGAGAAAAAUGGUUAAAAUUUAAUGAUUCUCUCAUUGAAGAAUUUGAUAUCAAACAUUUACCUUAUGAAUGUUUUGGAGGUAAAUAAAAUAAUGAUCUUUUAGAAUUUUAACAAAUUGAUUGUAGUACUAAUGCAUAUAUUUUGGUUUAUGAAAGAAUUCAAAAAGAAAAUGUUCAACUCAAAUUUACUAAUUAAUUAUAAAAAGUAGAAAUUAUGUCUAAAUUUGAGAAUCCAUUACAAAAAUAAGAAAACUAAGAUCUAAUUAUUAAUAUGGAUUAUCAAACUAUGGCUCAAUAGUAUAUAUCUAAUGAAUUAUAUGCUGAAAUUUGGUUAGAUAAUCAUAAAUUCAUGGUUGAGAGACAGAUUUAUACUGAUGAAUUCUUUAGAUUUGUUAAAGAAAUUGCAGAAGUAUAUCCAUAUCCUUCUAGUUAUAAAUUAAUCACAAAUCCUAAUAAAUUACCUUUAAAUUUUGGUAUUUACAAUCAAUCUCAAUAAAUUUAAAAUCCUGAAUAAGUUGCUCUUCUCUUAUUUAAUAUAACUUAUAUUGCUAUUGAAUUAUUGUUUCGAUCAUCAAAUUAAGAAUCCAUAAAAAAUUAUGUUUUAGUCAUUAUUAAUCUCAUCAAUAUUAUUCCAAAUAGAACAAGCCUUAUUUUUUAACAAUUAUUUAUUAAUAGAUAAAAUAGAGUUUUUAACGUUUUCUUAUGUGCUCCAAAUUCUUAAGUUCGUGAAGCUAUUUAAUAAAUUAUGCUUCAUUAUUUAAAUGUAAUUAUUUAUAACAAUAAUUUAAUGUUGAAUACUUAAAACUAUAAUAAAUAAAAUUUAGAUAAUGAUAUAGAUCAAUAUGAUUAAAAAAUAGUCAAUUUUCUAAUCAAUUUUUUAUAAUUGCUCCUAAAUGAGGCUCCAAAAAAUUUUACAAAAUUAAAUUAAUAUUUUAAUUUUUGGAAAUUAUUUGUUUAAUCAUCCCAAAUUCAAUUAUUUUUUGCCAAUUAGAUAGAAUUGAUAUCAAUAUUAGCUGAUUUUUAUAUGGGGUAUUAAUCUCCUAGAAAUUUGGAAAAUAACUAAUUUUAUGCAUUUCAAAACAAAGAAAAAAUGUAAAUUCCUACAAACAAUUUUGUUCCAUAAUAUUGUUCAUUAUUUUAAUGUAUAGACUAUCUUUUAUAAAAUGAAUAUUAUCAAUUAAGCAAUAAUGAUAAAACAUGUCUACAUUCAAAUAUUUUUUAUUAAAAAAUAAUUAAAGAAUGCUAAGAUUUAGAUACUAUAUAAUCAAUCAUUUCAAAAACAGUUUUUAAUAAUCAAGUAUUGUCCAGAUCUAUUAUUGAAAUAGUUUUAGAGGAAAUUAAUAACUCUAAUUAGGAGACUAUUGGAUAAUUUUUAAGAUUGGCUUAAACAUUAUUAAAUAUUUAUGAUAAUAAUUAAUUAGAACGAAUUUAAUGGUUAUUGGGAUAUCCAUAACCUAAUUAUUUAAAAAAUUAUAUCACAGGAUGUUCAACGAAUAUAUCCUAAUAAUGUAUCAUUUAUUUAUCUCAUAUUGGAUCUGAAAAUGAAACUAUAUCUAUUUUAAACUAAUUAUUUGCCAAUCAUAAAGUUUAUUAAAAUUCAGCCAUUUAGAUUAUGAAAAUGCUUUUAACAGUAAUGAAUUAAAAUUAGAAUGUUUUCUCUUAUGUUAUUUAAUUACCUCCCCCAAGUUAUCUCUAUUCUAAAUAUACAGAUUGGUUUGAAUUAUUUUUAUAAGAAUUCUAAGAGGAUUGUAUCAAAUUUCCUGUAAUGACAGAUUAAAUUUUCUUCAACAAAAAAUUAGAAUUUGAAUAAACUAUCUGGUUAUGGGAAGAAUUUAAAAAAAAAUUCUAUUAAACAACUUAAUGUAAUGUAUUUGAUCCUUAUCAACCCAUUUAUAUUUUAGGAAACACUUAUUAGACUGAAUUAGUUUCAAGUGAUUCAUAUAUGGAUAAUGUAUUUUUAGAGACUUAUGAAUCAAUUGGUUUUUAUGUUGAAUCAAAACCUACUUUUAUAAGUAACUAAGUUUUUCCAACUUCAGUACUUACCAACGAUUUUUAUAUUUAAACUUCAAAAAUAAAAAAUAACUCUAAUAUAUUUAAUAUUUUAUAGAAUGAAGAAGAGAUUAAAUUAGAUUUUUCAAAAUCUAAACCUUUUUAUGAAAAAGAAAAAAAUAUAAAUUUUAAUGAAAUAGGUUAUAAUGAAUAGUAAAAAAUCAAUGAUGAUUUUAUUAAUGAAUUAUAGAUUAAUUCAUCUAAUAAGUAACAAAUUAACAGAGAAAGAAAAAUGUCAUAAGAAAAUAUUGUUUAUAAAAAUAAUGAAAAUUUUUAAGAACAAUAAAAAAUUUAAUGUAACUUACCAAUAUAAGUUGCUCCAUUAUUGAAAAGAUUUAUGAUAAACAAUUAAACAAAUUAAACUAUCUAUAUAGUUUGUCAAAUUAAUUCAGAAUCUGAUAUUAAUUUCAUGUAAGCAUAUAAAUUUAUAUAUCUUUAGAUUACCAAAAAUAUUAUGCAAAAUAGUUCCUCCAUUUACUGUUAAAUAUUUAACAACUAUUAUGAAAACGGUUCCUUUGAUAGAUUGGGGAAUCUAUAAUUUUUCUAUGAAUAUAAAUUUUUAAAACUUACAGAAAAAGAAAUUAGAAAACAAUAUUUAAUAAUAGUAUUUUUUUGAUCAUUUAUUUUAGAGUUAAAACUGAUGUUGAAAGACAAACUUAAAUAAAUUUAGAAGAAUUGAAUUCAACCAAUGAAAUUUAAUGUCAAUAAUGUACAUAUUUGUAAUCUUCAUCAAAUACUUCCUGUAAAAUAUGUGAUUACAAAUUAUAAUGA